CUCAGAGCGGCUGCUGCGGGCUGCUCCCCCCCCUGUGGGGCACGUAGGCUACAUGAAGCACCUGGUGCAGGUGGCCGGGAGCUUGGGGCACAAGUUCGAGCAGGCGGGCAGCACCGCGUUCGAAGACAAGAAGCUCGUCUCGCUGAAAGAGGUGACCCAGGUGCCCACUGUGCAAGGGCAGGCCUUCCUGCGGGCGAUCGAAAGAGCGUUGGCGUCGCACAGGGGCCUCCACGGCGACGGCGACUACCAGCAGGACGAGUUCUGCUGCUUCGCCCUGCGGUACUCCUCCGCCCUCUUUGCGGAGAAGGCCAAGGAGAAGGACAGGAAGGAGGCAGCGGUCCAGGAGUACGACGCCAGGCCUGCGACUCUGUGCCAGCUCCGCGGCGAGGAGAGCGGGGCCCUGGCCCGCCGCCACCGCAGCUGCCCUGCCUGGGGGGGCUGGUGGCAAGGUCGCAGCCCCGCCGACUUGCUGCGAGCUGCCGAGUUGGUGGCAGAGUUCGACGGCGAGGUCGUCUUCCUGCACGCCGCCGCGGCGGAGCCCGCCCCUGGGACAGGUGGAUUCAGCCCGCCGAAGUCGCAGUCCCAGGGGCGCGGCGAGUUCGGGAAGUUGCACGACGCGGAGGUGCGCGGGCCUCUCGUGUCAGCGGCUGGCAACAUGCAGCGCCGCCCCGCCUCGGCCGAUAG